AUGGGCGGCAUCUUGGUCCAUUUGGGCCAGGCGGUCCCAACAACAACAAUGGCUGCAGCCUAUAUUGCUGCUGCUCUGAUUCUCUACCAGCUACUUGUCUGGGCCUACCAGAUAUCUCCCUUCCAUCCUCUCGCCCACAUUCCCGGCCCCAAGAUCGCCAGGGUCGGACGCCUCUAUGAAGCAUACUGGGACUGGUUGUGCGAUGGACGGUACAUGCAUAAAGUCGCGGAGAUGCAUGCUCGAUAUGGCCCCAUCGUCCGCAUAGGCCACGAUGAGGUGCACUGCAGCGAUCCAUACUUUGCCAACACUCUCUAUGGCAGCCAGAGCCAGGUCCGUGACAAACCCCAACACUUGUGCAACACGCUGGUUUCCGGCGCGCUUCCGCACACGGCCAUCGUUACGGGACCCCAGGCGCUGCACCGUGCCCGCCGCGCCCCAAUGAGCCGUUUCUUCAGCCGCGCCCAGGUCUUUCGGUUCGAGGACGAAGUGCACCGUCUGGCCUUGAUGGUCGUCGACAAGAUGCUCCUCUCGGACCGUCGCGGCAAGUCGUUCAACGUUAGGGACGCCUUCAACUGCUUCACGGCCGACGUCGUCUUUUUGCACGCGCUGGGCAGGCCCCUCGGCUUCGUCGAGAUGCAGGAGGCCUGGACGCCGAACCUGGCCACCUGGACCGAGAUGAUCACCGACAUGGUCUACCUGAUCAAGCAUAACGCCUGGGCCAGGUGGGCGGCCACCGUCACGCCCACGCUGGCCGGGUUGUUCAGCACCAACGUCAGGGCGCUGAACGAGCUCAUGAAUGUCACCAUCCCUGACCUGCUCAAGUCUGCAGCCGAUGAUGUGCAGAACGACCGCAUGUUUCCGAUCCUGCUGAGGGGAGGAAUGGACACUAAGUCCGAAGCCGCACCAGGAGUCGAGAUGGACAUGUUCCGACUCGGGGGCGAGGCGAUGGUCCUCUUGACGGCGGGCACUGAGACAACAUCCGCAGCUCUAGCCAUCAUCACAUACCACAUCCUCGCACGACCCGAGGUCAAGGCCGCCCUAACAGCAGACCUCGCCGGACUAGACCCCACGGCGCUCAAAUGGACCGAACUCGAGCGGCGCCCCUACCUAUGGGCCCUCAUCCACGAGGCGCUCCGUCACAGCCCACCCAUCGUCGCCCGUUCGAGCCGCGUCGCGCCCCUCGAGGACCUGGUGUAUAUCCCCCGCGGCGGUCACGGUUCGGCAGCGGAAGCGACGCCUCUCACCAUCCCCCGCGGCUUCACCAUCGGCAUGUCGACCAUAACGACCCACUACGACCCGACCAUCUUCCAAGAUCCUUCAGAGUUCCGCCCCGAGCGGUGGCUGGUGAGAGACAGCGACGGCAACAUGACUGGAACCAACGAGGAGUUGAAAAAGUUUCUGCUCACAUUUGGACGAGGUAGCCGGGCUUGCAUUGGAGAGAACCUCGCCAUGUGUGAGCUCUUUAUCAUGACUGCCAUGAUGGCUCUCUGCGUUCUGCCCCGGGCUCGCUUGGAUGACAGGAUGACUGCCGACUACGUGACGUAUGACCAUGAAAAGAUCACGCUGCAGACCAUAUAUGGCAAUGUCGCUACGCAUAUAGUUGUCUCAUGA